GUUCAGAGCGGACGCUGACAGCUUCGGGUAUGCGAAAGGUAAGGCCCGACAUGCUCGCCGAAAAGGAUGUCAGGAGAGUUCUGCCAGCUAAAGUUUGAUGUCGUCGACGUAUGCCGACGCGCAAUACCUUCGAUCAUUGACCCUACUAAAUAACCCCAAGCCGUUGCAUUGAAUUUCUCAAAUCAUUUGAUACAACAGCAAUAAUUCGAUUCUUAGUUCUAAGAAGUUGAAUCAUCAUGUCCAAAGUUCUCCUCGUCACGGGUGCCACGGGAAAGCAGGGAGGUGCAGUAAUCAAUGCACUUCUUAGCCUUGAUCCUAAGAACUUCAUAAUCCUCGCCGUUACUCGAGACACCAGUAGUUCCAGCUCGAGGCGCCUCGUCCAAAAGUCGCCUUUGAUUAAACUUGUACAAGGCAAUCUAGAUAAUGUCCCUGCACUCUUUCAAGAAGCUCGGAGGGUCCAUCCCCAGCCCAUCUGGGGUGUCUAUUCCGUGCAGGUAUCGAUGGGAAAAGGAGUAACGCUCCAAAGUGAGGUCGCCCAAGGCGUAGCUCUCAUCGACGAGUCAAUCAAGGCAGGCGUCAAGCAAUUCGUCUACAGUAGUGUUGAACGCGGUGGCGAUGACGCUUCCUGGGAUAACCCAACCCCCAUACCACACUUCCAGAGCAAGUACCAGAUCGAGCGACACCUAAAGGAUAUCACAAGCCAAAAAACCUCGAAUGAGAGCAUGGAAUGGACGAUCUUGCGCCCGGUUGCUUUCAUGGAUAAUCUGGCCCCGGGCUUCCCUACCAGGGUCUUCACGGCGGCACUACACAAUCACCUAGGGAAUAAGCCGAUGCAGUGGGUCGCAACGUCAGACAUUGGUGUCUUUGCUGCUAAAGCGUUCAUCGAACCCGAACGCUGGAGUGGGAGAGCUGUUGGGCUAGCCGGAGACGAGUUAUCAUGGGAGCAGCUCAAUGCCGCUUUCACCAACGCAACAGGAUCCCCAGCUCCCGUGAGCUACUGGUUCUUUGGGAGCGUUCUGACGUAUAUGGUUACGGAAAUAUCCUUGAUGAUUGGCUGGUUCGCCAGCGACGGGUAUAAGGCAGAUGUAAAAGCUCGGCGCAAGGACUAUCCCGAGAUGUUGACGUUCGAGAAGUGGCUAGUAAAAGAGAGUUCAUUUGAGACGAAAUAGAUAUAAAUCAUGAUGGAAGAGAUGAAUGGAUGUAAUUCAUCCCAAUAAAUGUAUUUUCCUGCCGAGAGCCAGUAUGCGCGUGCGAUGGGUAUUAUGGAAUGUAGAAUAUCAAUUUUAGAUAUUAGUUAACUUAGUCAAAGAAGAAAAACAAAAUGAAUCAGAAGUUAGGA